AUGAGCGUGUGCUUGCGUAACGUUCGUCCAUCAGAGGUGAACGUCGGUGAGUGCAGUUUGGGUCAGGGCACAAUUCGGCGUGUGUCUUGGAAGCAGUCGCACAGCUGUGCUGACGAAACGGAGAGGUACGUGGAUGAGCAGGAAAAGGAGCAGAUUGCGUCGCUAACGGGCCAUUGUGUCUUCUGGCCGAUGCGCUCGAACGACCGAGGUCAAUCAGACAUUUACAUCGGCUUAUUAAUUCAGCUAGGAGACGCGUGCCGUCGUCGCCUUUGUUUUACGGCGUCGAAACAAGGUCGAGGGACAAAUCCUGAGGUUCACUGCCACCGACCGCCGACCGCUAAGCCUCCAACGCGAGAUGCAUACGAACGAACCGGAACUCUGUUCUUUGAUGGUAGCUUGGCACUGCCGCCAUCCAUCACGCGCCAGAUCGAUAGUUCUUAA